AACCUCUGAAUUUCGAAACCUCCAAAUUCAAUCAACAAUGGCGAAACGUUUCUUUCUCCUCCCACUAUCUCUCUUCCUCCUUCUCCUUUCUCUCUCCUCCGCAAACCCUAACCCUAACCUUAACCCUAAACCUAAUUCUCUGUUAGCAGCACACACAGAACUCACAGGCUACGGUUUUCCCGUCGGACUUCUCCCCUCGAACGUCGCCGACUACUCAAUCAACCGAACUUCCGGCGACUUUUCCGUCAAACUCAGUGAUCAAUGCAAGCUUACUCUUCCGCCGGACAACUACCUCGCGUCGUAUUCGAAGAUCGUCAGGGGUAAAAUCGUCAAGAAUAAGAUUGCUCAGCUUGAUGGAAUUAGGGUUAGGGCUAUGUUUCAGUGGUGGUCGAUUACUGGGAUUCGAUCUAGUGGUGAUGAUUUGGUUUUCGAGGUUGGGUUGUUGAGUGCUAAGUAUCCCGCCAAAAACUUCAAGGAGAGUCCUCCUUGUGAGGGUCUUAAGGCCGAUUCUUGAGUUCCGAUUUCGAGGGUUGCACUUAUCUUCAUUUCAGUUUCACAAGUGUACAUGCUUGCUCUCAAGUACCAUGCCCUGGGAGCAUCUACCUCUAUUUUAUUGCUUUCCUUAUGUUAUGUGUAUAAAUGCUGUAAUCGUGUUAUAAUAUAGACCUUCAGUUGCUUUCCUUAUGUUAUGUGUAUAAAUGCUGUAAUCGUGUUAUAAUAUAGACUUUCAGUGGAAUAAAAUGCUACUGGUAGUAUCUAAGCUUUGUC